GAGAGAGAGGGGGGGGAGGGGAGAGGGGUGGCUUAGGCUUACUAUAGAGAGGGAUAGGAGAGAGAGACAGGAGAGAGAGGGACAGGAGAGACUUUGUUGUUGUUGCUGUUGUUGCUGUUGUUGUGGUGGAGUGUGGAAGAAGGAGGAAGGAAGGGAGGGGGAGGUCUCAAGAGGGGAGACAUGUUCAGCUUGAUCCCAACAGUUCUAUUCUUUGCUUCUUCCCUCCUGACCAGAUCCUUCACCAGCUGAUAUCUGAAUGAGCUGAGGAGAGUUCAUUUCUUGUUCACUGUCUACUUGAAUUUGGAUCACUUUGUAAAUUGCUGGAAUUAGAUGCCUAUAAGAAUCCAGAACUUGCCAAAGAAAAAUUUCGAUCAAGGUUCGAGCCUUUCGAUGCCUCAUGUCGGGGUGACUUACCCACCAUGGUGGAGCCUGAAUGAACAGCAACUUCCGCAAUCUUUACCCAAAAAUAGUGGCUUGAAAGCGGAAUCUCCACCCAUGCUCCAUCAUCAAGCAAAGCAUUUAGGUCUUCAACUACAAGAACAGGAAUCGUCUUCAACUCAAUCGGCUGGCAAUUCUUGCCAUGAAGUGAGCGUCGUGGGUGGGGCCAACUCUCAAGAUCAAAGCAUUUCAUCUGAAUCUGGUCAAGAUGAAAGUUGUGGCAGGAGCUUUGAGGGCCAGACAAAGCCAAUUUUCAUGUUCAACAAUCCGGAGAUUGUCUUCAAUUCUUCACUAGCUGAUCAAAAUCAACCUCUGAUUCGUGUUCCAUAUCCACCAGUCGAUCCUUAUUACGGUGGGCUUCUGACUGCAUACAGACCACAGGCUAUUAUUCAAUCCCAGGUAGGAUCUCAAAUGUUCGGGAUGGCACCUGGACGUGUUCCAUUGCCACUUAACCUUGCAGACGAUGGACCAAUCUACGUCAAUGCAAAACAAUAUCACGGAAUUCUUCGGAGGAGGCAGUCACGUGCGAAGAUGGAGGCUCAAAACAAACUAGUCAAAGCUCGAAAGCCUUAUCUUCAUGAGUCGAGACAUCUUCAUGCCCUAAAUAGGGUCAGAGGAUCAGGCGGCCGCUUCCUCAGCACGAAACAGCGUCAGCAGCUCGACCCUGCUUCAAGCAGUCACAGCCCAUUUGCAACUGGACCCAGAGAUCGAAAUAAAGAUGCUUAUGAACCAGAAACUCACCAAGUGGGAGCCAGUGAGCGGCAGUUCACUUCAACCAUGGCCGGCGCGGACUUCUAUCCGGAUAGCAGGUUCUCUGGAAUCUCCACCCACAUGGGAGGAGCAAUGCAGUGCAACAAGGGGCUCAUGCGCGGCAGUGCAGCCCAGCACUGCUCUUCAUCCGUCCGGUGAGCAAGUGGUGCAAAGUUCUAAACCACCACGUCACCUGGACGGGGCAAAUCAUCCUUGGCUUUGUUAGGUUCAACUCCCAACUGUUUCAUACUUUGGUCGCGAUAUGACACCAUGUUGUCUGAUACUAUUUUACUGAUGUUGAUUGGGAAAUUCAAGUUAGAUAAUGUGGGUAGAUUUGUGGAUGUGUCCAUGAAGCCUUCCCGGCCGUCCCGGUCCGUCGCCGGGCAUGUUGUUUAAUCGUUCA